AUCUUCUACCUAUCUUUCUCUCACACAUCCCUUUGUAAAUACUCCAAAAAACAAUCAGAUCAUCCCACAACUUUUUUUCAUUUCCAAUCACAGAAAAAACAAUGAUUCUGCCUUGGAAUAGAAGAAGAAACAGCCGAAGUUCCAACAAGAGCAAUUACAAGCUCUUCCAGGACAACUUGGACGUGGAAGUACUCAUGGUCCCUCUGCAUUUCAGGUGUCCAAUUUCUCUUGAUUUGAUGAAAGAUCCUGUCACAUUAUGUACUGGGAUCACCUACGAUCGAGAAAGCAUCGAGAAGUGGAUCGAAUCCGGUAAUUGUACUUGUCCUGUGACUAAUCAAGUGCUAUUGAGUUUUGAUCAGAUACCCAAUCACUCAUUAAGGAAGAUGAUUCAAGAUUGGUGUGUCCAGAAUCGGUCUUCCGGGAUUGAACGGAUUCCAACUCCUCGGAUUCCGGUCUCACACUACGAGGUUUCAGAGACUUGUAAGAGAAUAAUGGUCGAGGCUAAACGCGGUGAUGUAAAAAAGAUACACGAAUUGGUGCAGAAAAUAAAGAAUUGGGGGAAGGAGAGCGAUCGAAACAAGCGAUGCAUUGUUAGCAGCGAUGCAGGCUGUGUUUUAUCGGCCUGUUUCGAGUCAUUUGCAAAUGUAUCAAUGGAGAAAAAUGUGGAGUUGUUAGAAGAGAUCAUGUCAACACUAACAUGGUUGUUUCCUCUUGGUGUUGAAGGCCAAGCUAAGCUCGGAUCGCCAGCUUCUUUACGAUGCAUGGUUGAGUUCAUGAAGAGCCGAUCCCUUUUGGACAGACAAAACGCAGUUUUGGUACUGAAAGAGACGGUUUAUUCAGACCAAAUCCACAUUACCACAUUAGUGGAGAUUGAAGGUGUUUUUGAAUCACUGGUGAGCAUAGUUAGGGACCCAAUUUGCACCAUUGCUACAAAGGCUUCUCUAAUGACUAUUCUACAAAUGAUUUCAACGCCAUCAGCGAUAAGCGAGAAAAUCGUAUCAAGAUUUGAGGAACUGGGUUUGGUUUCUUUGAUGCUAGAGAUCAUAGUAGAUGCAGAGAAAAAUAUAUGUGAGAAGGCAUUGGGAAUCCUGGACAAAAUGUGUGAUUGGGAACAAGGUAGAGAGAAGGCUUAUGAGAAUGCACUGACUAUUCCUGUCCUGGUUAAGAAGAUGCUGAGAGUAUCAGAUUUGGCGACAGAGUCGUCAGUGUCAAUUCUAUGGAAGCUCUUGAAGAAGAAGAACAAUGAAACAACAAGAAGAGAUGAUGAUCAAAGGGUUGGUUGUUUUGUGGUAGAGGCAGUUCAAGUGGGUGCAUUUCAGAAGCUAUUGGUGCUAUUACAGGUUGGUUGUUGUGGUGGAAAUUACGCAAAGAAGGUUACUGAUUUGUUGAAGUUGAUGAAUCUUUACAGGGGUGAAGUAGAAUGUUAUGAUUCUUCAAUGGAUUUCAAGUACCUCAAACGUCCUUUCUGAUUGAUUUUUGUUUUGUUUUGUUUUAGGGAAGUAAUCAUUUUGUAUUUUUAGUGGGUUUAGGGAAGAAGACCAACUUUGUACAAAAAAAAUGCAUAGAUCACAUUAUUUGACUAAUGAAAGAGAAUACAAGUUAAUUAUCUCCAAGAA